CUCCCUGGAAAGAAGAGCCAAGGGAAGGCUUACGGGGAGGGGUUUUAAUGAGCCUAAAGAGAUGGCACUGUAACAGAAUGGGUACAGUCUCUAUAUGGAAGGAACCUUGUUUGGGAUAAUCUGCUGUGCCAGUUUGAGCUAUGGCUUUCAAUGCCAAUACACUGUGUAGUGCUUGUGCUCGAGGAGAUGUGGACCUGGCAAGACAGAUGCUUCAGAGCGGCAUCCCUGUAAAUGCCACAAACUCCCAUGGAAGGACCCCAAUCCAGGUCAUGAUGAUGGGGAGUCCUAAAAUGGCUCAAUUGCUGCUAGAUCACGGUGCUGACCCAAAACUUCCUGACCCCUGUACUGGAGCAUGCCCAGUUCAUGAUGCAGCCCGUGAAGGCUUUUUGGACACUCUGCUAGUGCUGCUCAAUAAUGGGGCAAGUCUCUACGAACCACGUGACAACUUUGGUCAGAGACCCAUAGACCUGGCUCCACCACACCUGAGAGCACAAUUACUGCUGCUAGGAUAUAACUGACUUUAUUUAUUAGCUAUAGUCUCCUGUUUGUUAAAUAUCAUUGUACAAUAUUAAUUAAUAUGGAGCCUAUGGUAAUAAAUGAUUGCUUUACUUUGGGGAUUUUUAUUAUACUACUCUUUUCUGUAUUUUUUGUGCUUUUCUGUUUAUUUCUGUCCAUUUUUUCUUUCUCAUUCACUACAUUAUGCAUUUCUCUGAUAUUACAUUUUCCUGGAUUUUACAUAAUUUUAAGGGGUUAUACUGUAUUUCCCACCAUCCCCUUUAAUUUUUAUAUAACAUGUUCUAUUCCUCUUAUAUCACACUACUUCAUCUAUCCUUUGUGUAACUUUUAUAGUCUUCCAUUUUACUUUCUUCCAGUUUCCUCAUUUCUCCUCUUUAGCUCCACAUUUUGGCUGCUGUCAAAGCUGUUCUAUUAAUUUCUUUUGUCUUCAGCCCUUUCUUCUUUUGCCCUUUCUUCCAUUUCUUAUUUUAAUGUGGAAAUGGAUGUACAGUGUAAAUAUGUAAAUCUUUGUGUCCAUGGCAGAAUGUAGGGUGUGUUGUGGCCACUCUCCAAAAGCCAAUUAAAGUACAUUGUAGAAGUACUACAAACCUGACAAAACCACACAAACAUAUACAAUGAUUAUUGCUUAUUAUCUUGCCCCAUGUUUUAUUAGUAAUAGAGUGUUUUAAAUUAGAAAUAUGUGAUCAUAAAAUUGUCACCCUAUUGUGUGUACCUUAAUCCCAUAGAGAAUUGCGAAUUAUUUAUAUAAAGUCAUACAAUGCAUAAGGUUUGCACCUCCCCAUGUGUUACAUUAUGGUCUUCUGACCAAUGCUGAUCAUUUCUAGCGUAUACUUAUGAAAGAGGACAUAUCUUUUAUAUAUGGUUCUUUGUGAUAUUUUUAAAACUUUAAAUUGGAGAUUUUGUUGUAAGAUUGGAGUAUGUUUUAAUAUAUUAUUGUACAGUUAAAAAAAAUAAAUUAUUUAAAAGAGAAAAUUGCAGCAGA